AUGGUUAUCCCUAAGGCUAAAGUAGCGGAUGUUCUACAGCUGUACCAUGGUGGUUGUUCAGGAGGCCACCUGGGAGUUAAACGAACUCUACCGAAGAUCCGAGAACGGUUUUACUGGGUCCACUGUCGUGACGAUGUCGAGCUCUGGUGCCGCAAAUGUACAAGUAGUGCGGCUGUAAAGGAACCUCGUAGUAGAGGUGCAUUGAAAUUGUACAAUGUUGGUGCACCAUGGGAGAGGAUAGCCAUUGACGUUGCGGGGCCGUUUCCGGAAAGUGAAAGUGGUAGCAAGUAUUUCAUGGUUGUGAUGGAUUACUUCAAUAAGUGGCCAGAAGUCUUCGCCAUUCCAAAUCAAGAAGCUUCAACAGUUGCAGAUAAACUAGUUCAUGAAGUCUUCUGUCGUUUUGGAGUACCCUUAGAGAUUCACAGCGAUCAAGGAAGGAAUUUCGAGUCUCAAAUAUUCCAGGAAACUUGCAGAGUUAUGGGUACUCAUAAAACACGAACAACUUCUUACCACCCACAAUCUGAUGGAAUGGUAGAACGAUUUAAUCAGACAUUGGAAAAGUACCUGGCAAAAGUUGUGGAAAAACGGCAACGAGACUGGGACAGGCACAUACAACCGUUUUUGUUGUCAUAUCGAAGCGCUGUUCACGAAAGUACAUCAGUGACGCCAGUUUUCGCAAACUUUGGGAGAGAAUUACGGCUGCCUGCAGACCUGAUCACCGGAAUACCACCUGAUGCCCCACGCAGUAUAACCGAUUAUGCAAAUGACUUGCGGAAAAAAAUGAAUGACAUUUAUGAGCACGUCAGAUAUUCGGGCCAGCAAACGUCUGAGAAGAUGAAAACACGGUAUGACCGCAAAAUGAACAACAAAGGGUUUGACGAAGGUUCACUAGUGUGGUUACAUAAUCCAGCUCGCAGCAAAGGGAAAUCUCCUUUGCUGCGAGCUUCAAGCUAA